AUGAUAAAACCUACUCAGCAAGAAUUAAAGCAAGCUUAUCAAAUAGUCAGCCAAGAUUUAGUUCAUAACCUCGCUAAAAUCAAAGAUGGUGAAGGAAUUCGCCUCAAUAAUUUCGGAACUUUUGUCAAGACUCCGGCACUUUGCAUCGGACUAUAUUUUUAUGGUUCGGCAGCCAAACAAAACAGUUAUCUGAAACAUUUACCCACUAUCGGAGGUUUAGCCUUCGGUUUAAACACCCUACCUAAUAACCAAAAUCAAACCCAACCUAAUUCGCCCGCUCAGCCUCCCUUUUCUUCUGGCCUAAUGCAAAUAGUGGGAGCAGUUUUACCUGCUUUACUGGAACAUUUUACCGGACAAAAGAUGAAUACGAAUGGCAAUGGUGCGGAAAUGCAACUGGUUUUUUCACAAUUACUAAAUGUGCAACAGCAAAUAUUAACUACCCAGCAAGCCUUUAAUCAAAGACUAACUGCCUUAGAAAGCAAUGCUUCCCAACAACUAAAUAAUUUAACCCAGCAAGUCCAAAGUAUUAAAUCUAUUCGUCUCUCCCAAGAGAAAAAACAAAUUGAUUUUAAUUUACAGUCGGAAAAUGAAUCUAAUCAAUACUAA